CUUCCUCAAAGGGACUCGGCCUGGAGCUGGCAUUCCGCAUUCGCAGGACGCCAACCGCCAGUCCUUCAAGAGCUUGAGAAGCCAAACCUGAUUGAACGCACAUAUUCAGUAGCAGGAGCAGUAUCAACUGGCAUAACCUGUAUGUGAGGAAGCGCUGAAAAAACGGCCGCGCCUCUUUGCCUUCCCUCCCCGAUGAUUGCGAAGGCCACCCGGGUAGAGACCGUAAGCAAUACCCCACAUACCCGCUUACAGAUAUAGCUACACACCAAUGAACAAAUCUGUAUUCAAGGCAAAUUAGCUCUUCGCGAACUCGCGUCUUCCACGCGUCGCAUUCUUUGGUAUCUGAAGCUGACAGCAAGCUAUGGACAAGCAUAGAGUGUCAUAGAGGCUCCUGCCUCAAGGGGAGUUGGUUCGUUACGCCGCGGGCAACGCAGGAUGGAGCGAGGCGUGGAUGGAGGAGGGCCUAGUGCGAGCUCUUCCGGCCGCGCAACUCCUGCCGACGGUGGCAAUGGAAACCUGCAACCUCCACUGUUCAACGCACUUGGGCUUGCAUUCCCUUCGAGCCCACCGGACUCCCGCAUCCAAGCUGCAGAUGGGCAGCGCUCCUUAACUCCUGUGACAUCGGCCGGGCGAAUGUCGCCUGAGAUGAAAGCCGACGAACAAUCACAAGAAGCCGAGACGCGAUCUGGGAGCCCACCGCUGCAACAAAGUUUCAUGGAGGCCGCCGCGGCCCGCUUGUCUGAGGUGGUGGCACAGGCGACGCCCCGCAGCAAGGCUGGGCCCUUGGACGUCAUUCACUCUGUACGAGCUAGCGAAAGCCACAUCCCAGACGAUGAUGGCGAGUCCAAGCCCCAAGUGCUGGUCGUGGCCUCACCCCGGGGCCCUGACAAGCCGCUGUGGCACACACAGGAGCGAACGCCGGCACAGGCCGAGAGCAGCAAUCAGCAACUCACGCCGCUGCCAGGCCUGAUCAGCAACCUCGCCAAGCAGCAGCAGCAGCCACAGCAAGCAAUGGGAGGCCUGGGAAUGGAGGGCAUGCCCGCUGUUUACGGAAACGUUGCCAAUGCUGGCGGUGGCGGAGUGCGGUUCCACGUGCCAGAGGGCUUUGCCCGGCCUCCUUCAGCCGGGCCCACUGGCGUCCUGGCGGCAAGGCGGCGGCUGACCAUGCGCCAGUCAUUGGCGCCGCGACUCCGACAAGGAGACUCGGGCGACGUGAUGGCGAUGAUGGCGGCGGCGGCGGCAGGGCCAGUCGGCGGCGCGGGCGGGGGGCGCACGCUGUCGGGCCGCCCGGUGGCGACAUCUGGGGUGGUCGGCGACAUUCCGUUGCUUCCAUCGGAAUCAUUCCACAAGAACGGCGAUGCCCACCGCGGCUCAAACUCCAGCAUCAACAACGGCGGCGGGCACGGCGCCGGCACGUCGGGCGCGGAGCCCAUGUCCCCUGCCUCGGACGGUGGCCACUUUGCCAACGGCCCCGGGUACAGCGGCAGCCGCAGCCGCACCGGCGCCGGCAACGGCGCCAGCGGCCAACGGCCCUCGCUGCUCAUGCUGCAACUGGCGCCGUGGCGCAAACGCGUUAUGGCGGUAAUGAACUCGUUGUACUUUUACUGGCUGCUGGUGUUCCUGACCUUCUUCAUCAUCUUCGUGGACGACUUCAAAAAGGCGGUGCUGCCACCUUCAUGCGACCUGCCGCUGGAGAUUACUACCACCUGCGUGCUGGUGGUGUUCAUCAUCGAGAUGGCGCUGUCGUCGCUGCUGCGACCGGGGUACUUCUUGGGCUUUUACUUCUGGCUCGACGCGAUCGCGACUUGCUCGCUGGCCUUUGAGGUGCCCACCGUGCGCCUCAAAUUCUUCGGUGGCUCGGAGUACAUCAAUCUCGCUGACCGCGGAGGUUUUACCGACAAUGCGGGCGACCAGCUGUAUAUUUCCAGCAAAGCAGCUCGCGUGGCCAGGAUCUUCCGCCUGCUGCGCAUGCUGCGGCUGUACUCGAUGUACACACAGUACGUGCGGCGCCGGCGGAUAAAGCAGGCACUGGAGGCCGCCGGCGUUGACUCUAAUGUGGCGGGCAGCAAUGAGACGCUGUCCAUUCUGGAAUUCGAGAUGCAGCAGGAGCAGGAGCGCAAGACCAAAGUGGGCCAGAAGCUUGAAGAGCUGACCACGCGGCGCAUCGUGGUGGGUGUGCUCAUCAUGAUCCUGCUCAUUCCCUGCUUCGACAUCCGCCUGGGCACCUUUGGCCGCCCGCGCACCGUGGGCGAGAGCGGGCUCAAGAUGCUCCACUCCAUGGCGGUGGCGGAGGGCGCCGGCACUGACUCCUUCAGGGCGGCGCUGCACACGUUCACGGAGGAGGUUGUGUUCAAGGCGGGCGCAAAGGAGACCUCCUUCCUGUUCCAACUGCUCAUCGCCAACACCACCUACCUGCCGCUGCGCACCGAGCCGCGCCGCUUCGAGGAGCUCUACUUCGCCGAGUACAGCAGCUUACAGUGCCCCGCCGACCCCUUCUGGCCGGCCGACGCCGUGGCUGCGGGUGCCUUGGUGCCUGACUCGACCGAUGGCUGCCUGCGCUGGGACACCUUUGCGGUGUACGACUGGCAGUGGUACUCACAGCUGUCGUCCAUCCUCAACAUGGCCCGCAGUCUGUUCAUCGUGGUCCUGCUCGUGACCGGCGCCUACUUCCUCAAUCGCGACAGCCGCAACCUGGUGCUGCUGCCCAUAGAGCGCAUGAUACACAGGCUGCAGGAGAUGGCUGAGAACCCGCUGGCGCUGACGGAGUCGCGGUUGCAGCUGCAGGCGCCCUGGCAGGACAAGCUGCAAGCCCUGCCGCCCGACCCCACGCGCCACCACGGACGCGACAGCAUCGGCACCGCCCACACCGGCAGCUCGGCCGGCGGCGACUCCCUGCCCUCGGGAAUGGCUGCUCUCGAGGCCGCCGCCACCAAGAUGCUGGCGGCGGAGGCCGCCACCGCCGCCACUGGCGGCACCGGUGGCGGUGGAGCGCGAGAGGCGGCGCAGCUGGGUGGCGACGGUGGGCAGGAGAAGGGCAAGGGCGAUGUGGUGGCGAUGAUUGGCGCGCCUGGGUACGGAUCAGGCGAGGGCCAGGGCAAGAGCGGGGCGGACGGCUACACAGCUGUGACGCUGAUGGCGGAUGGGCAGGGGAAGCGGCUGUCAGAGGGCCCGGCGGCGGGCGCCACCCACAGUGGUGGUGGAGGCGGCGUGCCCAAGCAUCUGCUGUCCACUGGGGCGGCUGAGGGGCCCGGAGCUGGUGGUGGCGGCGGCGGUGGUGGUGGUGGUGGUGGCUGGGCGCGCGGCUCCAAUCGCGGCAGCGACCAGGCGGCCCUGAGCCGUUUCAUGUCGUUCCGGGUGCGCCUGUGGGCGCGCUGGGUGCGGGCGCGGCAGCUGCUGCGCACCUGGGCUGAGCGCGUGUGGACCUACCUGUGGGACGGGCCGCCGGAGGGAGAGGCCGACGAGGCGGGCGGCACCGGCGCCGGAGCUUACGAGACCGAGGUGUUGGAGAACAGCAUUGCCAAGAUCGGCGCGCUGUUGGCCAUCGGCUUUGGCGACGCCGGGGCCGAGGUGAUCGCCGAGAACAUCCGCAAUGACGGCGACAUCAACCCAAUGGUGCCCGGCCGCCGCACCGUGGCCAUAUUCGGGUUCUGCGACAUCAGGCGCUUCACCGACACGACAGAGGUGCUGCAGGAGGAAGUGAUGGAGUUCGUCAACUCCAUCGCACACAUCGUGCACACUGCCGUGUCCACGCACGGCGGCUCGCCAAACAAGAACAUCGGCGACGCCUUCCUACUGGUGUGGAAGUUCCCUCGCGGCUUCCGCAUGCGCGACAUCAACAACGUGGUCCGAGACACGCGCGACGCCAGCCAGGUGCCGGAGCGGCAGCUCAAAGCGCUGGAGGGCACCCCGGUGCCUGCCAGCGGCACCGCCGCCGCCACUGCCGCCUCCGCUGCCGUCGGGACAGCAGCAGCCGCUGCCGGCGGUGGCAGGGCCUCGCCGGGCGCCUCCGCCAGCAGCGCUCCCGGCACGCCGCUGAUCGGCAGCUCGCCUCUCAAACCACAGCAGCAGUCCGACUCGCCCGCUCCCGGCAGCGCCGGGGGGCUGAACGGCAGCAAGCGCCGGCUGCUGCCCUUCGGCUCGGCCGGCACCAACCGGGUGCAUCCUGCCGCGGGAGGCGGCGCUGGCGGUGGUGCAGCCACUGGCAUGGCCGUGGUGGCAGCCGGAGGGCCACGUGGCGUGUCGAGCAGCGGCCCCAGCGCCUCAGUGGCCUACGGCUACCACCCGGCCCUGGGCGCCAAGUCGGGCACCGGCGGCGGCGUGAUGCCCAUGAGCAUGCCAAUGUCAAUGCAGGUGCAGCUGUCGCAGAUGCAGGCGGGCAUGCAGCGGCCCGGCUCCCUGGCCGCUGUCAAGGCCAACUCCAGCCUGGCCCACACGCUCUCGCUGGCGCAACUGGCGGACGAGGGCUUUGGCCUCACGGCGGCCGACGGCACACCGCUCGCCGCCAACAAGAUGAUGCUGGUCAAGGCGCUGAUGAGCCUGAAGCAUGACAUCGAAAUGUCCUGGCAGGCCAAGCGCGACGUGAUUAAUGCCAUCGCGGACAACGCGCUUGCGGCGUUCGUGCUCAUCAACAUCGCGCUCAAGAGGUCUGCCCGGCUGAAGAAGUACGCGCAGCGCAAGGACCUCAACGCGCGCAUGCCCGGCUUCAAUAUCGCCAUGGGCUUUGGCCUGCACGUUGGCUGGGCCAUCGAGGGAGCCAUCGGGUCCGAAUACAAGAUCGACGCCAGCUACCUCAGCCCCAACGUAAACAUGGCCUCUCGCCUGGAGGCCGCCACCAAGCAGUUUGGGGCGCUCAUCCUGUUGUCCGAGGACUUCGUGGAGUGCCUGUCGCCACUCGUGCGCUCGCGGGUGCGGCAGAUCGACUGCGUGACGGUCAAGGGCAGCACGCAGCCCAUGGGUCUGUUCACGUACGACAUAAACAUGGAUGGCGUGCCGGAGCCCAGCCCGGCGCAGGUGGAGGCAGGCGACGACUCUGCGGUGGAGGAGCUGCUGUGGCGUUCCUACAGCUGCGCCGGCAGCGAGUGGGAGACCAACCCCGACCUGGCGGGCACGUGGGGCCUGGACGCCGACUUCAAGCAGGAGUUCGACAAGGGCUUCCGGGCCUAUCGUGUUGGCAACUGGCGCGAGGCACAGCAGUGGCUGGAGGGCUGCCGCGGCGCGCUGACCGACCCGCGCACCGGCCUGCCGCGCGUGGACGGCCCCAGCGACGUGUUGCUCAAGGUGAUGGCGGAGCACGGCUACACCGCGCCGCCGGGCUGGCGCGGCUUCCGCGAGUUGACGGAGAAAUGAGGAGCCAGGCGGAGGCGGGGAGUGCAUGGGGCUCAAGAGGGGCGUGCUGACGCAGCCCACGAUUGUCGAAAAGCGCACGGCGUCCUCCUGUCGCCUGCCGAGGCGGCGGAGACGUCGCUGAGAUAGCGCUGGGCGCGGGGAUAUGGGCAUAGCGCGGGACAUGCGGAUAUGGUGUGUGUGUACUAGGGCAGUGGGAUAUUGUAUCGGAAUGCUGGGGCCUUUUUGGGUAGGAGAAAUACAAUGCACUUUGUAUUUGAGGUUAUGGUGUAAGUGGCACUGUCGUUGAGGCGGUGAGGUCGACCGGCCCGCGCUUAGCGUUGUCCGCACUCGCUGCCUGUGAUACGGUAGGCGAGUAUGCUUGUCACAGACGCGUGUCUGUUCUUUGCACUGCUGGUCACAGUAGUUAGGCUUGCAAGUUGCUUUGCCGCGAGCCCAUACACCGGUACACAACAAGAGGACACAGGAUGACAGGACCCGCUUGUGUGUGUUGCGCACAGACGGUGCACGUGACACAUAGGCUGUUUUACGGUACAUCGCGGUCGAGGGAAGGUUGUUUGGUUGCCAGCCAUGGGGCCCACAUACAGCAUUAGCUACAUCAUAAUAUUCUGCGGGGCCUGUGCGACACUGCGGCGGUCGUAGCUUCCAGCUCAGUGCUGGAACGUGUGGAAUAAUCUUCACCGGUAGUUUGGUACUAAGAGGGGUGGCUGCUGGUGCGGACGGAUGGCCUGGCCCGACUCGUCACGUUUGCGCUGUUACCACGGCGUUGGUCUGUGGAGUGGGCGCACCCGGCCGCCACACAAUAUGUUGUCUACUACUCUACUGGGGAGCAUGUUGUGCCUUGGGAGCAUGUUGCGUCUGCACACGACAGGCGGAGUCAUGCAUGUAUUGGAGAUCCAGGCAGAAGUCGUACGGUCGGGGGCUACAUAGAUUGCGCCGCGUGAGGUGCACUAAGGUGCAUGUGCACUUUCUGUCUGCAAAGCAUGUCAGGUGUUCUUCAAUUCUUGUUCUUUCCUGUGAGCCUGCUGCCUGCAACUGAUGGCGCAUGGCAGUCCGCUGGGACCGGCUUGGACAUUUGAAACCGCAGGAGGUCAUGCGCAUUGAAGACUGUAACUAACGUACUUA